AGCAGAAUCAUGUCUUCCAAGCAAGCCACCUCUCCAUUUACCUCGACCCCUGAUGGAGGUGAGGAUGGAGUGAAUCAGGAGCGUAUGCCCUGGGAGAAGGAGGAGAACUCAGAGUCGCUAGUUGCCCCUCAGCUGCCCCUGCACAAUCUGCUCCACAACAAACCUCCCCUGGAGGAGCUCCAGCCAAUCAGCAGCAGCGUGCCACCCGAAUCCGACUGGGACAGCCUGAUGUCAGCUCAGCAGCGCAUGGAAUCGGACAGCAAUAAAGUAUGUUCCUUAUACUCCUUCCGGAAUAACUCUACCUCUCCACACAAGCCAGAGGAGGGGGCCAGGGAGCGUGGCGACCUGCUGAGCAGCUCAGCCUUCGGUACGCCAGAACGCCGCAAAGGAAGCCUGGCCGAUGUGGUGGACACACUGAAACAGAAGAAACUGGAGGAGAUGACAAAGACAGAACAAGACGAAUCCUCCUGUAUGGAGAAACUCCUUUCUAAAGACUGGAAAGAGAAGAUGGAGCGACUGAACACUGGCGAGCUGUUAGGAGAAAUUAAAGGUACUCCAGAAAGUCUUGCAGAGAAGGAGCGACAACUCUCCACCAUGAUCACACAGCUCAUCAGUCUACGAGAGCAGCUUCUGGCAGCCCAUGAUGAGCAGAAGAAACUGGCCGCCUCUCAGAUGGAGAAACAGCGUCAGCAAAUGGAGCUGGCACGCCAACAGCAAGAGCAGAUCGCCAGACAACAGCAGCAACUUCUGCAGCAACAGCACAAAAUCAAUCUCCUCCAGCAGCAGAUUCAGGUCCAGGGUCACAUGCCUCCGCUCAUGAUCCCCAUUUUUCCACACGACCAGCGCACUCUGGCAGCAGCCGCAGCAGCUCAGCAGGGCUUCCUCUUCCCCCCAGGCAUGUCCUAUAAGCCAGGUGAUAACUACCCGGUGCAGUUCAUUCCAUCCACAAUGGCAGCUGCUGCCGCGUCAGGACUCAACCCUCUCCAGCUCCAGCAACUCUACGCCGCCCAGCUGGCCAGCAUGCAGGUCUCUCCAGGAGCCAAGAUGCCUCCGCUGCCCCAGCCCCCCAAUUCUGCUGGGCAGAUCUCCCCGUCUGGCUUGAAGAACGAGAAGAGGUCCUCAACCCCCCUGGCUCAAGUCAAGGAGGAGGGAACGCAGCCUCUCAACCUCUCCGCCCGGCCUAAAACAGCUGAGCCCAUCAAAUCCCCCACAUCCCCGACACAGAGCCUCUUCCCAGGCAGCAAGAGCAGCCCCAACAGCCUCUCCAAGAGCGGAGACAUACCCAGUCCCAUCGGAGGAUUGGGCCGCGGCUCGUCUCUGGACAUCCUGUCCAGCCUGAACUCGACGGCGCUGUUUGGAGAUCAGGACGCAGUGAUGAAGGCCAUCCAAGAGGCGAGGAAGAUGAGAGAGCAGAUUCAGAGAGAGCAGCUUCAGCAUCAUCAGCAGGGAAUGGAGGUCAAGCUGUCUGCCCUCACCAGCAUGGGCUUGAACAACUGCAGGACAGAGAAGGAGAGGUCUCAUUAUGACAAUCUGGGUCAUCACUUGAGCAAACUUGGUGAAGAUGGAAAGAUUGGUCAUAGAGUCAUUGACCUCACCAGGCCAGAAGACUUUGAGGGAGGCGCCAGCACUACCGAGGCACGGGUCUACAGGGAACCCCGGGGAAGGAACAGCAACGAACCUCACAUCAAACGGCCCAUGAACGCCUUCAUGGUCUGGGCCAAAGAUGAGCGCCGCAAAAUCCUUCAGGCCUUCCCAGACAUGCACAACUCCAACAUCAGCAAAAUCUUGGGAUCUCGCUGGAAGUCUAUGACGAACCAGGAGAAACAACCGUAUUACGAAGAGCAGGCACGGCUCAGCAAGAUCCACCUGGAGAAAUACCCCAACUACAAGUACAAACCCAGACCCAAGCGCACCUGCAUCAUCGACGGCAAGAAGUUGCGCAUCAGCGAGUACAAGCAGAUGAUGAGGUCACGGAGACAAGAGAUGAGGCAGUUCUUCACUGUGGGGCAGCAGCCACAGACGCAGAUCCCCAUCACCACCAGCGCAGGCGUUGUGUACCCGGGUGCCAUAACCAUGGCCACCACAACGCCAUCCCCGCACAUGACGUCAGACUGCUCCAGUGCCUCGGCCAGCCCUGAACCCACCAUCCCCGUCAUCCAGAGCACCUUCAACAUGAAGAUGGAACCGGGUACCAUGGUGCCCAGCGACGCAGUGAACGGAGAGGACGAGAUGGACAUGUACGAGGACUUUGAGGACGAGCCCAAAUCGGACUACAGCAGUGAGAAUGACACACAUGAGCCGGUCAGUGCCAACUGAGGCUAAACA